CACGUUCGAGCUGCGUUGCGGAUUUUUGAUACGUGGCGUUCCACUGGCCUCUCUCUCUCUCUCUCUCUCUCUUCCUCCCUCCCUGCACCCGGCGCUCGUUCGCUUCCGCUGGACCCAAACUCGGAGAUGAUGGCAACUGUACCGGAGCUGCAGGCGAAAAUCCGAGCGUUGGAGGACGAGCUGGCGGGGGAGAGGGCCAAAAAAGCCGGCUCGGGGGAGCAGCAGUGCCGGCGCAAGAUAGAGAGGAUGAGCGCGGAGGUGGUGGAUUCCAACCCGUACAGUCGGCUGAUGGCUCUCAAACGGAUGGGAAUUGUUACAGAUUAUGAGAAAAUUCGGGAGUUCACCGUGGCAGUUGUGGGUGUCGGUGGGGUUGGAAGUGUGACUGCUGAAAUGUUGACAAGAUGUGGCAUUGGUAAGCUCUUGCUGUUUGACUAUGACAAGGUUGAACUAGCCAAUAUGAACAGACUCUUCUUUCAGCCUCACCAAGCUGGCCUAAGUAAGGUGGAAGCGGCUAAACAAACACUGAGGAAUAUUAAUCCUGACGUUCAGUUUGAAGUUCACAACUACGACAUCACAACAGUGGACAGCUUUCAGCGAUUUGUGGAUCGAAUCAGGAAUGGUGGAUUGGAGGAAGGAAGACCUGUGGAUCUAAUACUGAGCUGCGUAGACAAUUUUGAGGCUCGUAUGGCAAUAAACACAGCGUGUAAUGAGCUUGCUAAGGUGUGGAUGGAGUCUGGGGUCAGUGAGAAUGCAGUCUCGGGACAUAUCCAGCUUCUCAUUCCAGGGGAGACAGCCUGUUUCGCGUGUGCCCCCCCACUCGUGGUAGCUGCAAAUAUUGAUGAAAAGACACUGAAACGGGAAGGGGUUUGUGCAGCCAGUCUACCCACCACCAUGGGAGUCAUAGCAGGACUGCUGGUACAAAAUGUCCUGAAAUAUCUUUUAGGCUUUGGCUCCGUGAGCUAUUACCUGGGCUACAAUGCGAUGCAAGACUUCUUUCCAACAAUGGCCAUGAAACCAAAUCCCAAUUGUGAAGAUGGAAGCUGCAGGCUCCGACAGGAAGAGUACAAGAAAAAAGAAGCAACACAACCAAAGCAACAAUUAGUGGAAGAGAAUGAACAGAUCGUACAUGAAAACAACGACUGGGGAAUCGAGCUGGUUUCCGAGAUAUCAGAAGAAGAAUUGAAGGCUGCUUCAGGUCCUGUGCCUGAUCUUCCAGAGGGAAUCACAGUCGCUUACACUGUGCCUGAUAAAGAGGAGGGCACAGAUACCAUUGGAGAGACAGUGCAAGAGACAGAACUGAGUUUGGAGGAGCUCAUGGCUGCGAUGAAGUGCCUUUAACAGUUUCAUCAGUACUAUCAAGUUUACCGAAGUGAUGCAAAUGAUAUGGACCUUUUUAAACCGAAAAGGCCUCGUUUCAUGCAGCUGACUCAUGGAAGUAACAGUCAUCAGGAAGAGUAAAUAUAAUAAAAGCACCAUGUUUUAAAUGCUAAUUUUUUUUAACCCCAAGAAUCAUUUAUCCUUUUUGAGGGCCACCAUGCAUUACCAUCUCUUUGUAUUCCUUAGGAGCUACUAUGUUGGUGUAAACGUGUGACUAUGUAAUUAAACAAUGCAACCUUAAGUGACAUGAGUUGCAGAUGUUUAAAAUUCUAGGAAGUCAGUACCUUUUAAUAUAAAGAGGGAAAUUAGAACCUCGAUUAUCCUCACUCCCAAAAAUCCACAAUUUCUGUGGGAAGUGGGAGACCCAAAGAAUCCAGGACUCAGUUUCACAUAGACCCAGCUUAAUGCAAUCAAGUGUUCUACUUAAUGUCUCCAGGAGUCUGUAGGCUCUGGAUUCUUGGUCCAAAAGGAGAUAAGUAUUUAUUGUCUGGCCGUCCAGAUGCUGGCAGAAUUCACUGUUCCCACAUCUCGUAUUUAUUUUUUGAGCCAGGAACCCAGCAGACUUCAGGCAUCCGAUCCAGAGGGGAGUUUGAAACUUAUUUAUAAAACAGAGAAUUCGGCAGUUGUCACUUGCGCUCGGUGAGAACUUGAUCAUGCAAUAGUCAAAGGCUAAAAAAAAUGUUAGAUUAUGAAUGGGGUCUCUGCCAAUUUCCAUUAUCCGACACCCCCAUUGUUAUGGCAGGUUCCAUUUCCGUGCAUAAUGGGGUGAUAAUCCAGCAAAAUAGCUAAAACUAAAAGGGAAUUUUUCUUCUUUCAAUCUGUGCUUGAUACCUUUAAAAAAUUUCAGCUGAAUAUGGGGAUAAAGUGAAGAUAAUGAGUGAAAUCCCCAGAUGUCUGUUUGGACAAAUGAAAGACAAAGGGACUUAUUCUCUUUGAACAGGUAUAAUUUUUGGUGUUUUGACCUGUAAGUUUUGAAGUGUAAAUAUAUAGAGACUAGGCUGGGAAAUAAUUUCUGGUACAUUUAUCCAGUUAGAUGAAAAGCAGACUGAGGUUUUAUUCUAACUGCAUAUUUGACUGAUAAAUAUACCUUAAUUGUUAUAACAUGUGUAUGGGUUAUUCAUCAUAGCGAGUCUGUUGGAAUUUAUCCUCCACACAAACAAGCUAAUGGUCUUUAAUCAUACAUUCCCUUUGUGAUUCCAUAACCAUUCUCAUCCCCUUCCCCAUUUCCUUUGUCUCCCUACCCAACCCAAUCCUCACUAAUGCAUUCAUUGAUUCAAAACAAAAUGGUGAGUUUAAAAAAUGCCAUUUUGGCAUUCUCCACUUCAGACAUGUUAUUUUUUUCUAGCUUUAAUUCAGAGAAGCACAGAAGUGUGAUUCUCUGAACAGCACAGAAGGCCAUUCGACCCAUUGUGCCUGCACCAGCUCUCCAAAUGAGCAAAUCACCUACUGCCAUUUCCCCCACCACCUCCCUGUAAGAUUUUAAGAUCGACAGUGAAUACAUUUACUAUGAAAGACAGCAACUGAAAGGUGGUUUAGCUGAUGGCGUGUAAGAUGGAACACUGUUUAAACAUUAAAAGGGCUUCAGGGGACUUUUGGAAAAUAUCUUUAGAAGAGAUUUGAAAUGAAGAUUUUGGAACAGAAUAAUGAUGAAACUUAAGUUUAAAUCAGUACCUCAUCGAAAUCAACUGAAGUGUUCAACAUUACAACUAACCUGUCACUAUAUGAAACAAGUUGCAUCUGUUGUAUUUAAUAGCCAAAGCACAAGGCUUAACUAAAAGUUUGUUGCUGCUAUUUUACACUUUAAACUUGCAUCCUGUAACCUUAAACUGAAUUUUGAUCUUCGUAUUGGAUUAAAUUUGAUUAGUGUUUGAGAUUGUGGGAGAUUUUUGAGAUGGGCCACAAAACAAGCAAUGAUUCUGGUAGAGUUGGUAGGCUCAGAUCUUCUUACCACCAAGUUGCAGAUAACAAAUGGAUGAUCCACAGCAACUCUCUGGUAAAUGGGCCAGCUUCUACACUGAACAGACCAGUAGGUCCCUCAAACUUCUAUUUGGGAGUGGAGAGAAGGCUUCCUUGUUGGAAGUGAUUCUAAGCUGACAGCAAGCCAGAGAAUUAUGGUGGAGCUGAAGGAGACACAUGAAUGCUCCCAUUAACUCCACACAAUGAGGGGGAAUUAAAAAGCAAAAACACACCUUUUCACCCCCUCAACACAUUGGAUAAACUAGGACCAGUAUGUACUCUGCAUGCUCUACCUAUUUCUCUGUGAAAUUUGUGUCUGCAAAGUAGAAGUCAUAUUUUCAUAUUUAAACAACACUGUUUUGGGUGGAAGUAUUAACACGUGAGUGCAAAUGGUGUCCAAGAUCUCCACCAGGUUUUCCUUUGCUUUCCAAACAAGGGAGUCAAGGGUUUGGUUAUAGGGGGCAGAUAGGAAAGUGGAGUUGAGACCACAAUCAGAUCAGCCAUGAUCUUAUCAAAUGGCAGAACAGGCUCAAAGGGCUGAAUGGCCUCCUCCCACUCCCAAGUCCUUUGUCCCUAAUACCUAAAAUAAUGAUUAAUCUCAAAAGUAAUUAAUUGAGAGAGGGGCUUUUGAGAUGUUUAAACAAUGUUGAGAGAUAUAAAUAUUUCUUUGGUCUGUAGAUGUUUGAUGGAAAUACAACACAAACAAGCUCUGUAUAUAAGACGCCAAUUUGGAUUUUUCUUUGAAUUCGUGUAGUGAUACUUGAGUUUGAAGGAAAGUCAGAACACUGGUUGAUACACAUAUGAGAACUUGAUUCAAAUUCAACUCCUAACACUUCAGUAAAUGAGUGAUAUUGUUCCGAAUGGCCAUAAAGCUGGAAGAUGAGGGAACUGAAGAUUAAGUUAUAUCUCUGGUUUCACUGAUAACUCAUAGCCACGUAAGAAAUUGGAAUGAAAGGAGAUUAGUGUAGAUGAUUUCCAUGGGGGUUCUCCUAAUCUCUCACCAUAACUUCAAAAUAAAAUGUUGAUUACUAUUUAUUCCAUUCCAUUCCUCUCAGGCUUCUGAUAAAGUUAUAGUUUUGGGGUGGUGGGGGAGGGGAGCAGUGUUGAGAAAGCUCCCACGGAAAUUCUACUCCAACUAUUUAAAGUUCCCAGAAGAUAGUUUUGCAUCCUUUUUCCUUGAUUGGCAUUUUUGGCCACAGAAUAUUCACCUAAGCUCACUGGUUUUCUAUCCUCAAGAUGACAUUGCCAAUCUAUCUAAUUACCUCAGUCUGUACCUAUUCCUGAUUAUAAAGCAAAAGUCUGCAGCUGCUGAACAUCUAAAACAGAAAAAGUUGGAAAUACUCAGCAAGGCUGUGGAGAAAGAGCAGUGUCUAAUCAGUCCUCCUGAACAGUGCUGGACCUGAAAUGCUGACCAACUUCCAUUUUCUCCAAUGCUGCUUGACUACUGCGUAUUUCCUUUUUCCUGAUUUGUUCUCAAAUUCCAGUCAUAUUGGUAGUCUGAUAUAUAUUCUAUUUCUUUCUGAAACUCAGACUCAUCAGUCCAGAUCAACUAAGUAUCAGAUAGGCUUUUAACAGUACUUGCCAGAAGUGUCUCGGUGUCAAUAAUACCAUUUAGAUGCUUAAUAUACUACAACUGACAGGUAUCCUCUGGUUUCACUGAUAACUCAUAGCCACGUAAGAAAUUGGAAUGAAAGGAGAUUAGUGUAGAUGAUUUCCAUGGGGGUUCUCCUAAUCUCUCACCAUAACUUCAAAAUAAAAUGUUGAUUACUAUUUAUUCCAUUCCAUUCCUCUCAGGCUUCUGAUAAAGUUAUAGUUUUGGGGUGGUGGGGGAGGGGAGCAGUGUUGAGAAAGCACUUUUAAUGUAUCCAGUUAUGCCAGAUUGAUUGUAUCCACAAGUUAUGCACCAACAUAAUAAAAGCUAGUGGAUUUCA